AUGGGCGUGUUCCAAAGUGGCAAUGAAGUCUGUACUCUUUUAUCAAUUUGCAAUAAUCUUGCUAGCCUUAAAGCUGAUUCCCUUGCCAUACGAGAGGAGCAGAAACGUCAGGCGGAAAUUUUGGAACGCUUGGAUAAAAAGUUCGACCUUUGUAUACCCAAUGAAUACCCAGAAAACUGUGCAGGGUCAUCGAAGAGUAAACUGGUGAUCCGUGUGCCAGGGCACAGUGGAGACCCCUUCGAGGUGGCCUGCGAUCAGGAGAGUCACGGGGGAGGAUGGACGGUUCUCAUGCGCAGAAACGACGGAAGUCAGGACUUUUUCCUAGAGUGGAAGGACUACCAAUAAGGAUUAGGGGAUCUGGACAAUGAGUUCUUCAUUGGCUUGGACAGGCUGCAUGCGAUCACUGCGUCGGAGACUCAGGAGCUUUUGGUACUUCUGGAGGAUUAUAAAGAAGACAAUCGCUUUCAAAUUUUCGAUAA